UUCUAGCCUUAAAUUGUAUUUCUGAGAAGAGACAGGAGAGAGGUAAAAAAAAGAAAUUUAAAAGGAAAAAACAUAAAAAGGGUCGUCGUCAAUGGCAGAAUUUAUAAUUUUUCAAUUCUACUAGCAGAAAGGUUUAUUUAUGAAAGAAAGCUAAAAGCAAGGAUAGGCAGCAUAUUUUUGACAUGUUUUUUAUUCUUGAUAAAUUUAUUUUGAAAGGCUGGAAUUACGCUGUAAGAAUAAGUUUGUCAAAAAACUUUGGUAUAUCUGUAGCUGAGAGAAUUAAACAACUGAAAAUGAAUUUACCUAAAGUGCGAGAAGAUCCUAUUAUUAUGAAAUUGGACACCCUUGAAUUUAAAUCUGUAUUCACUGAAGAAUUGCAAAUAUUGUCAGCUAUGUUUCAAAGACAUGGCUAUGAGCUUAGAAUUGCAGGAGGGGCUGUCAGAGACUUGCUAAUGGGUCAAAAACCCAAAGAUCUAGACUUUGCUACUACCGCUACUCCAAUUGAAAUGAAGUCCAUGUUUGAAAAAGAAAAUGUAAGGAUGAUUAAUAUGAAUGGAGAAAAACAUGGAACAAUAACUCCCAGAAUUAAUGAUAAAGAAAAUUUUGAAGUAACAACUUUGAGAAUUGAUGUGGUGACAGAUGGUAGACAUGCAGAGGUUCAGUUCACAACGGAUUGGUUAUUAGAUGCAUUGAGACGGGAUCUUACAAUAAAUUCUAUGUUUUUGGGUUUGGAUGGUUCCGUUUAUGAUUACUUUUAUGGCUAUGAUGAUUUAAAAAAAAAACGGGUGGUCUUUGUUGGAAGUGCUACCACCAGAAUUCAGGAAGAUUAUUUGAGGAUACUUCGUUAUUUCAGAUUUUAUGGAAGAAUAGCAACAGAAGCGGACAAUCAUGAAAUAAUCACUUUAAAUGCAAUUCGGGAAAAUGCAAGCGGAAUGGAGAAGAUUUCUGGUGAAAGAAUCUGGUCAGAAUUAAAGAAAAUCUUGGAAGGAAAUUUCGCGGGUCAUCUGAUGGUUAAAAUCGUUGAAUGCAAUCUUUCUUCUUACAUAGGAUUACCAAAUAAACCUAACGUCGAUGAAUUAAAGAGAGUUUGGAGUAGAAGUGGCCAUCUGCAUCUUCACUCCAUUACGCUAUUAUCAUCUCUUUUGAAUACUAUAGAAGAUGCAGCGACACUAAACGCUCGGUUGAAGCUAUCAGCGUUUGACAGAGACUUAGCAAUAUUCAUAGUAGAGCAUCGUUUACCUAAACUCCAUAGCAAACCCUUAUUACCCUACCAGCAGCUAGUUGUCAAAAGCAAACUGAAGCCAAGUGUGAUAAAAAAUUAUGUUAAAGAAGUUCUUAAAUACAAUAAUUCUUCAUAUCUAAAUGAAUUUGAAAGUUGGAAUAUACCGAAAUUUCCAAUUAGUGGAGCAAUGUUGAAAAAUGAAGGGGUGGAGAGCGGAAGACUUAUGGGUUUUGUAAUGCAAGAACUUAAAAAUAGAUGGGCUGACAGUGAUUUUAGCAUAUCAGUUGAAGAAUUGUUAAAAUAUAUUCCGGAAGUUUCCAGUCAUUUUGUUCCAAGAAGAAAUAAGUAAC